CAGGUUAAAUCCCGCAUUAACACGAUUAACCCACUCGUCCAUGGUAGGAGUGUUUCCCCCUGCCCUCCUUAUCUCUCACUGUCUUACUGUCAAGACACACACUCAAUUCUGCAGCCAUCGUCUGCCUGCACAACACACAGGGUUCUCUUUGGCCUCUAAGAUCAAGACAAGAGGUCAAGCCAGUGGUAAAAUAUUUUGAACAAAGGAGAAGUUCAAGUGGGACAAAGAAGAAAAACUCAGGUGGCAAAUAUUUGCCAGUGAGUUUGUCAGAACAAAGACACUGAAAGCAACGACCAUGGGAAAUACCACCAGUAGCGCAUUAUCAAAGGAGAUCCUGGAGGAUCUAAAGCUCAGCACCAAAUUUACCGAAAACGAGAUCAGCCAGUGGUACGAGAACUUUCAGACUCAGUGCCCGACGGGACGUAUCACACCUGAAGAGUUCGAGCAGAUCUAUGCCCGCUUCUUCCCUGACAGCGACGCCAAGAGCUACGCACGACAUGUGUUCCGCUCCUUUGACACCAACGAUGACGGCACUUUGGACUUCAAGGAGUACAUCAUCGCACUGCACAUGACCUCCACUGGGAAGACGACCCGAAAACUGGAGUGGGCCUUUUCGCUGUUUGAUGUGGACAAGAACGGAUACAUCAACAAGACGGAGGUGACGGAGAUCUGCCAGGCCAUAUUUAAGCUGAUCCCAAAGGAGGAGCAGAGCAGGCUACGAGAGGAUGAGAACACACCCGAGAAGAGAGCCAACAAGCUGUGGUCUUACUUCGAAAAGAAAGACAACGAGCGACUGGCUGAAGGAGAGUUCAUUAAAGGAGUGAUUGAAAAUGAGAAUGCAAUGCGUCUUAUCCACUACGAACCAAUGAAACAAUAAAGUCAUUCCUGUUUCUUCCCCUCUCCUUUCUCUCGUUAGACUCUACCAAACAAUUUUUCUCCUCUUCCCUUCGAGCCUCAGAGGCUUCCUCCUCCAUCGUCUUCAAUCUGCUUUGUGUAAAUACUCCUCUCUGCAGUGUCUUGGUUGCAACUAAUUUUUCAGUAUGUUUCGCUCAUGUCAUGUUGUUUUGUUUAUUGAUGAAUUUGUUCUAUUAGAGGCUAAAAGAGGCAAAUGAAGAUGUAGUGUUUGAAAUGUGUGUGCAGCUAAAAAGAAGAUUUACAGUGACUAUUAUUAAAGCGAUAUAUAAUAUAUAGGCAGGUGCUAUUUGCACCCAGGUGUCCGUAGCCAACAACGCCAUUUGCACUCAGGGUAGAACAGCUAAUGUGGCUAUUUACACUUGUGUGUAUUCCUGGGCAUCCUGUGUCGAAAUACAACCAGUCUUUUCAACUAUUCUGCUUAAGUUUAUGUACAUAGUGUGCAUUCAGCAGGGUUAUACAUCCUACAAAUUGAAAACAAGUCAACUAAAUUUAAAGGUGAUAAGCCAGUGUUGAUUGAGACAGGAUUCAAUCCCAGUCUCCUGUGUGAAAGUCCUGUGCUUGACAAAUUCAUUGACCACAUCUAACCCCAUACGGGUCGGCCAGUCUGGUCCGUGGUCAGUGUUUACUUUUUCAAGUAACAAUCGCGGUCCCAGAGAGUGAGUGACCUGACAGUGCGUUCAUAAAUUUACUCUGACGCUCUACACUAAAACGAGAGCCCCAUUUGUUGAAGACACGGAGCUUUAUAUUUCUAUGUGAAUUAACGAACGUUUAAGUUAAUCGCACAUUCACUCCGCUCGGCUCUUUGAUUCUCCAAGAGUGUGGUGCUCUGGAUAACCAAACGGUAUAAUCUGACAGCAUUACGAAUUUACAAACGGUCCAGUUUGAGUAUUUCUGAACGCACCACUUGCAUUAUCUUCCGUCAUAGUCUAAAACAAGCCAACAGAACUUGCUAGCUAGUGCUAGCUAAUGUCUGUGGAGCAUCGUUUUGCCCCCAGCUAAGCCCCACCCCACCAAAAAAAGUCAUACUGUUUACUAACAGUAAAAGGGUCUAUACUAAUUGUUUCAGAUCUUGGCUCUUUAACGUGACGUGUUCUAGCCAAUCAAAGCACACAGUGGGAUUCAUAAUAAUUGGUCAUAGGAAUGGGUCUGAAUGGCUGAAAAGCUGCAGUGUGACUAUUCUCACCUGGGUGCAAAAACACACUCCAUAAUAUAUAUAUAUAUAUAUGUAAAGAAUGUGUAUGAUAAAUAUUGUACUAUUGUUAAUCUUUUAAAUAGUACAAAUUUUGGCUCUGGAGAAAUUAAUGCUAAUAACAAUUAUAUAAAUACAGUAUAAUACCUGAUUAAGUUUUUUUUACAUUACUGGAAAUGUCUUAAUAGAGGUCGUAGCUCUCACAUGUUGUACUCUAUUCACUGUACAAUCAAUUAAAGGUUUUCUCUAAAA